GGGGGGAAGGGGGGGGGGGGAGCUAGAGGACGCUACACACAGUGGGGGGAGGCAACGGGGACGGAGGGGCACCGCGUCCAUUCAUCCAUCCAUCCAUCAAGUGGGUCAUGAGAAACACCACGUGCGCCGGUAGGAAACAGGAGUGUGCACGUCAAUGCGUGUGGAUCCACACACACACACACAGACUCAUGAGGCUCUCUGUCUGUCAGGUCGAUAAGCCAGGUCAUCACGUCAGUCACGUCAGGUCGUCUCCACCUCUCUCCCACGCGCAUGCAAAACUGUCGUCAGUCACCGCUCUCCUACCCACUCACGCCCUCAGUCAGUCAGUCAGGUUAAUUGGCCAGAAAGCCAGGGAGGGGUGUGUGCCCUCGAUUGGGUGGAUGUGUGUGUGUGUGUGUGUAUGUGAGUGAGUCAAGGCGGCAAGGGACAGAUUAACACGAAACACAUCAAUCGGUCCCUUUUCCCCCCAUAUGCACACGGAUGGAUGGACGAAGGAACGAAGGAAUGGCCGUCUGUCUGUCUUUCUGUCUGUCUGUCUGUCUGGGAGAAAGAGGGUCACCACCCAGCCGACAGGCAAGACAAGUACAUGGCAUGGUCAGAAAGACAUACCAAGCAAUGAUGAACGCACGCACUGUGUGUAGCGACAGGAAGUGAGACAAACAGGUAGCCAGGCAGGAAGGCAGGUAGGUACGAGCAGGUACGACAAGAAAGAAAGAAAUCGUGCAGUCAGGCAGGUACACAUACUCAACAACCACAAUGGCGGGCAACAUGAGUCCCCUCCCUCCCCUCCCGCCCCUUAAAUUGGCCGCGUACAUGGUAUGUAUGUGUUUUGCUGUGUCCGUACGCAGGUGGGAGCAUACCAUACACGUCGACAAAAGCACUCACUCACUCACUCCCUUGUCGGUCGGGUACUCACUAUCAAUCACGUCUAGAAAUCGUGGCAAUCGAUCGCUCCCCGGCACGCACACACGCACGCACGCACACACGUAUCCAUCCAAUAAUAUAGCCAGAUACGUAUCAAAACUUCCCACUUACGUCCACCACUGCCCACCACCACCGCCAAGACAGCACUCUUGCCUCCUCCAUCCAUCCAUCCGGCGGCCCAUCCAUCCAUCCAUCCAUCCAUCCCCUGGCUAUCCGAGUGAGCUCAGGUUGGCGUUCGACAGCGUGGCCACCGAGCUGCGCGACGGCACCUGCACGACACACACACGACAGGAGAGAAGCGAGAAAUGCACCAAUCGUCCAUCCAUUCCCCCCCCUCUCUCUCUGUGUGUGUGUAUGUGGUACCUUCUUCAUCAUGCUGACGGUCUCCUCUGGUGCGAGGAGUGCCUGUGAGGGGACCUUCCUCAUGAUCUGGACGAACUGGUCGAACCCGAUCUCGCCGUCCUGCCCCCAGUCGCCCUCGAACAGCUCGCUGUCCGUGUCUGGGAAGUCUCCCUCCUCGGGCGAGAAGCCCCCGUUGUGCAUGGGCCCCCCGCCCGGCGCCCCCGCCAUGUGGAUGACCUGGCGCAGCUCGUCCUUGGAGAUGCGGCCGUUGCCGUCGAUGUCGAAGACGCGGAAUGCGGCCCGGCAGGCCUCCUCCUGGAUGUAGUGGGACUGAUUGAGGCAGGCGGCCAGGAACUCCGUGUAGUCGACGGUGCCGGUGGCGGCCGUGUCGACGUCCUGGAGGAUCUUCUCGAAGUCGGCGGGGAUCUGCCGCAUCCCGCCCGCCAUGAUGCCCUCGCGGAUCUCGGCCGCCGUCAGCUUCCCGUUGCCCCGCUUGUCGAGCAUCAUGAAGGCCUCCUUGAGCGUCUCGAUGUCGUUGUCGCUCAUCUGCUGGGCUAUCACCGUUAGCGCGAUCUUCUUCAUCCGCGAGAGCCCCUGGAACCGCCGGAACUUGGCGAGGAUGUCGAAGCCCAGCGGCCGGCUGGCUGCGGGGUUCUCGGGGGUGAAUGCGUGGAACCAGGGGUGCUGCAGGGCCUCGUCGGCGGUGAUGCGGUACUUGGGGUGACGGGUGAGCAGCUUGGUGAUGAGGUCCUUGGCCUCGUUGGACACCUGCUGCCACUCCGCCUCGGGGAACUGGAACUUGCCGAUCUUCACCUUCUGCAUGAUCUCGGCGUCACUGAUUGAUUGAUUCAACCAUACCACCACACACACACACACACACAUACGAAUGAGAAAGGGGGCAUCCAUCGCCGCGUGUGUGGGUGGGGUGUGGGGUGGGUGUGAUGCUUUCUUUGCUUACGAUGGUCCGUUGAAUGGCGGGUAUCCGCAGAGGAGGAUGUACAUCAUGACGCCGGCCGACCACACGUCGCACUCUGGCCCAUACCUGCCCUCGAGCACCUGGGGGCUGACGUAGUAGGGGGUCCCCGCCCGUGUCCGCAUGGGCUCGCCCGUCGUGAAGCGGGUGGCCAGGCCGAAGUCGAUGAGCUUGAUGGGGCUGUCCUUGGUCUUCUUGAGGAAGAGGAAAUUCUCGGGCUUGAGGUCGCGGUGGGCCACGCCGCAGUUGUGGCAGUACUGGAUGGCGCUGAGGAUCUGCCGCAGCAGGCGCGCGGCGUCCUCCUCUGUGAAUGUGCCCUCAUCGAGGAGGCGGUCGAACAGCUCGCCGCCCUGGCACAUCUCCAUGACGAGGUAGAUGUCGGUGGGGUCCUCGAAGGUCUCGUACAGCCGGACGAUGUUGGGGUGGUCGAGCGACUUCAUGAUGUCGAUCUCCUGCCGGAACCGGUCGAUGUCCUCCACGUAGCACUUGGGGAUCUUCUUGGCCGCACGCACCAUCCCCGUCGCCUUGUUAACCACCUCGUGCACCGAACCCCAGGUCCCCUGACCCACCUUCUCGGUCAUCCGGUAGUACCGCGUCAUCGGCCCUGUGUUGGCCAAGAUGAACGCCUCGCGCUGGAAUGUGUGCCCGCGGCGGGGUGUCAGCGGCCGCUCGUUGGCCGGCUCGCCGGCCGGGGGAGGCAGGCCAGCGCCGUAGAAGCGCGACGCCUCGGGGUCGGGGUGGCACUCUGGGCUGGCCUCGCCGGUGCCCGGCCUGAAGCCGUGGUGGCCGUAGGCGUCGUUGUAGGAGCUGAAGGCCCCGCCACCGCUGCCGUUGUUGUCGUAGGACACGGUGAGGGGCUCGUACGUCAUGGUUGAGAGGUUGGGGUCGCCCCAGUUGUUGCGGAUGGUGGUGAGGUGGUUCCUCUGGAUAGAGAGGGAGCGGUUGCCGCCGAUGGGCUCCCACCGGACCUGCUCAGGCGACCGCCGGAUGAUGUACUUGUACUCGGUGAUGCCGCUGCCCUCCGGCCGGAAAUGAAUCUCGGGCGACUUCCACUCGGGGAAGGUCUCGGCCGUCGUCGUCAGGGGGAUGGCCUUGGCGGCACCCCACGACCCCAGCGUCUCGUCCGCACCGAUGACGCACACAGACUCGCCCACAUGGGUCUCGCGACACGUGCACAGGAAACACACCGCCGCCAUCGAGGUGGCACCGAGAGAGGGACGUAGCUACGCGGUCGCAGGCAGGCACCCUGGUCAGUCAGGAGGCCACUCGAGAAAUGACAGCCGCUCGAGAUACCACAGCCGUGAGACGACGACAG